AUGGUUUCAUUUGCUGGGAAACCGAUCGUUAGAGCAGCAAUUUUUGUUGCAGUAUCAAUUACAGUUCAUGUCAGUUUGGCUGCUGAUCCAUCUACUCUCAUCAUCCCUGUUCUACCACCGUCAUGCUGGAACAGCCCUACUUUUCAACGCCCAAUAGUAAAUGGUCAAAAUAACGUCGAUUUACUGGCUGGUGCAUACGACUGGGUAGUGCCAACUAGAAGUCUUUCUGUCACUCCAUCGAGUGCUGAAUCAAUGCCUCCGUCUUGUCACUAUAUUUCUGGUAAAGGAUUGUCCUUCUGGCAGGCCUCUGACACAUCGAUCACCCACUACUGGCAAUGCACGGGUAAUGGCUGUUCACCGCCUUGCUCUGGGAACAUCACUGCUGCAUAUCCGCCUACUCAAAAGAUCAUGCAGAGUUGCACUCAGGAUAUGUAUCAGAUCCUGAGUCCCGGCGCCCCAUUGACACCGUACACUGGAAAUAACGAUCCAUACUCGAGAUUCCUUGUCAAAGACUACUUUGAUCCAUCUACUGACUCGCAAUGUUCUGGUCCAGUCAUCCGUCGUCAACUGGUCCGUGUUUACGAUCAAUGCACCAAGAUAUUGACCACUAGUACACAACCAUCUUAUUCUCUGUAUGCUAUAUCAAGCAUCUCGCAGGACGAGAUGGUCCAGAAACUAUGUUCAGAUAGUAUAUGUGCAAACUGCACAGUAUCUCAGUCUGUAAGCCCAUGGAAGAUUUCUUCUGGCUUUUGCUCACGCAUUGGAUUGGAAGUCACUAAAGGCAUGUACAUGUAUGAGAACAAUGUCUCGAAAAAUGUCACUGGCCCGUCAUCUUCUGGCACUGCUGCUCCUGGAUCGAAUCCCACAGCAUCUGGAGAUAUUCCUGGUAGCAUAGCUGGCAGUAGCUCACUUCCUCAAGACAGUUUAGCCACUGCAUCUUCAACCUCGUCUUCCAUGAUUGGUGUUGCUGUUGGGGUUCCUCUGGGUCUUGUAUGUCUAUGUGCACUGACUGGAGCUAUACUUAUUCGGCGUCACAAGUCUAAACAGAACCAAAAGUAUAUGGACGAGAAUUUGCAAUAUUCUACUCAAAAGGAAGCAGUUUAUUCGCAUACGAAUCGCACAUUGCCACAUAUGGAUUUUAAGCUGGGUAGUAUCUUUUCCAAAAAGAGUCCGGCUCGCAUGUCUUCUACCAAACGAGCUACUGCUCAUGCUGUAUUUAUGCAGACCGCCCAACAACAAGCAGACGCACUGGACUCUACUUCUACAUUGAACGUUGGUACAAAAACUGAUAUAGUUCUUACCGAUCAAGAAAUGAUGCGUUACAGAACUCUGUUGGCACAGGGAUGUCGUCGUAAACCUCGUGUAGUGAUGAUUGAUUAUCAACAUACGAAAAGCGAUGAACUAGACUUGACAAUUGGCGAUCAUGUCGUGCUGAUGAGUAUGUGGGAGGGUGGAUGGGGUCAAGGAUAUAAUCUGACUACUGGUCAAAAGGGUAUCAUGGCUGCCCUUGCUGUUAGCCCAGAUUUGACAGAAGAUACGGACACUCAGCCUUGA